UAAUGUAAGUUUUUUACAUUCGCUUAAAAACAUAUUAUUGCUAAUGUGCACGAGAUACGUUUAGUCUCAGUUGUUCUUAAGUAUGUAAUUAAUGAACGAUGUGCCAAAACUAAUGUACCAAUUAAAAAUCAAUAGAUAGAACUUAAAAUAUAAACAGCAAAUAAAGUCAUAGGUUUAAAUAUAUUAUCUAUCUAUACUAUAUAUACCGUAUUGUCUAUGGGGAAGUGGCUCGUGUUUUACCCGGGUCUAAUAGACAGAGGCGGAAAUGAGUGGUCAAAGUAGCGGAAGCUAUCGCACAAAGUCACGUAAAUGUGUUAAUAAAAUAAAAGCGUUGAUGAAAUGACAGCGUCCAAUUGGGUCACCACAGGAUUUAUUUUGAAAUCCAAACCCGGAAGUUUCAGUUUUCCACUAACAACCGCGUUGAAAGCUUUAGAGAGAAGAAGCAGGAUGUAGGACCGUUACACACCAACACGGCCCCUCAAGGUCCGUCUGUCUUCUCAUGUCGACGCGGUGAGUCAGGUUUAGGGGAUGGGUUUUGGCGGGGACAGCGUAACGUCUUAAAAAUGUCGAGCAUCUUUGAUGCGGUGUCCAAAGUGAAAUGGGACCGCAAGGCUUUAGCCAAGCGAGUCGUGUUUCUGGCGGCUGCUGCCUACGGCGUCAAAACGCUGUACCCUGUCAUCUGCAGGCAAGUGUGCAAAAAUAAACCGGCUCAGAACGGCUCUGCAUGUUCGUUAAAAUCGCGCAGAGAUGUUAAGGAUCCUUCAAAGACGUCCCCUGGGGUCAACGCCGAAUUUUUCAAACAGAUGCUCGAACUUGCUAAAAUCCUCUUCCCCAAACUAGUGUCCAAAGAGCUCGGUUUGCUCUCUUUGCAUUCAGUGGCUCUCAUCUCCAGGACGUUUUUGUCGAUCUACGUCGCUAGCUUGGACGGGAAGAUAGUCAAAACCAUCGUGGAGAAGCAACCCAAGAGCUUCAUCAUCCAGCUGAUCAAAUGGCUCCUCAUCGCCAUCCCGGCCACCUUCGUCAACAGCGCCAUCCGCUUCUUGGAGUGCAAGCUGGCUCUGGCCUUUCGCACCCGGCUGGUGCACCAUGCCUACAAGACCUACUUCACAGACCAGACCUACUACAAAGUCAGCAACAUGGACGGGAGGCUAGCCAACCCGGACCAGUCCCUCACAGAGGAUGUGCUCAUGUUCUCCCAAUCUGUGGCCCAUCUUUACUCCAACCUCACGAAACCCAUCCUGGAUGUGAUGCUGACUUCCUACACGCUCAUCCAGACCGCUCGGUCCAGGGGGGCCAACGCCAGUGGACCUACGCUGCUGGCCGGCCUUGUGGUCUUCGCUACCGCUAAGGUGCUACGGGCUUGCUCGCCCAAAUUUGGAAAGCUGGUGGCCGAGGAAGCUCACAGGAAGGGCUACCUGCGCUAUGUGCACUCCAGGAUCAUUGCCAAUGCCGAGGAAAUAGCCUUUUAUAGGGGACAUAAGGUGGAGAUGCGUCAGCUCCAAAAGUGCUACCGCGCCCUGGCGGAUCAGAUGAAUUUGAUCCUCUCCAAGCGUCUGUGGUACAUCAUGAUUGAGCAGUUCCUCAUGAAGUACGUGUGGAGUGGCAGCGGCCUCGUCAUGGUGGCUGUGCCCAUCAUCACCGCCACCGGAUUUGCAGACAACGGUAGAACAGACAAAAUUGGUAGCAAUAGCUGCUAUGGCUAUUCCAAUGUUUGUAUUUUGGCUUCUACAGAAACAGCUGACGGUCACACACACAUGAUGGUGAGCGAGAGGACGGAGGCUUUCACCACCGCCCGCAACCUUCUCGCCUCGGGAGCCGACGCUAUCGAGAGGAUCAUGUCAUCCUACAAAGAGGUCACAGAGCUGGCAGGCUACACGGCGAGGGUCCACAACAUGUUCGUGGUGUUCGAGGACGUCCAGCGGGGGGUCUACAAGCGCUCCUCCCUCACAGCCGCUACAGGAGUGGAGAAGAAGAGCAAGCCAGAGAUGCACAUUGACGGACCACUGGAGAUUAAGGGGGAAGUCAUCGACGUGGAUAACGGCAUCGUGUGUGAGAAUGUCCCAAUUAUCACGCCAAACGGGGACGUAGUCGUGUCAAGCCUCAAUGUCAAGGUGGAAGAGGGCAUGCACCUAUUGAUCACAGGGCCGAACGGCUGUGGUAAAAGCUCCCUUUUCCGUAUCCUCAGCGGUUUGUGGCCUGUGUACGGCGGGCGCCUCCAUAAACCGUCUCCUCAGCAUAUGUUCUACAUUCCUCAGAGGCCCUACAUGUCCAUGGGCUCUCUACGGGACCAGGUCAUCUAUCCAGAUUCGGUGGAAGACAUGGCCGCCAGAGGCCUCAAUGACAAGGACCUGGAGGCCAUCUUGGACAUCGUCAACCUCAACCACAUUGUCACCAGGGAGGGAGGCUGGGAUGCAGAACUGGACUGGAAGGACGUGCUGUCUGGAGGCGAGAAGCAAAGGAUGGGCAUGGCUCGCAUGUUCUAUCACAAGCCUAAAUACGCCCUGUUGGAUGAGUGCACCAGCGCUGUGAGCAUCGACGUGGAGGGCAAAAUUUUCCAGGCGGCCAAGGACGCCGGCAUCUCUCUGCUGUCCAUCACGCACAGACCUUCGCUAUGGAAGUACCACACGCACUUGCUGCAGUUCGACGGCGAGGGAUGCUGGCGCUUCGAGCAGCUGGACACGGCCACGCGCCUCUCGCUCACCGAAGAGAAGCAGCGCCUGGAGAGCCAGCUGGCCGGCAUCCCCGAGAUGCAGCAACGCCUCAACGAGCUCUGCAAGAUCCUGGGGGACGACUCGGUGCUCAGAACAGCUGACCAAUGAGGGUAUGAGGGGGGAGGGAGAAAGGGGAGGAGCUUCCCUUUGCCCUGCGCACACAUUUUAUGUGAUUUUCAAAGUCACAAGCAUAUGAGAUCAAACAUCCUCAAUUUUAAGCAGCAAAAAUGACAGACGGCACAUUUUUAUGUCAACCUGCUUGAUAUUUUGAAGAAGAAUGUGGUUAUGGGGAGCAUGUGUUUAAUCUUCAAUAUUAAUUUAUUUUAAGUAGCACUUAACGUCUACAUUUUUUUAACUACCUGUGGUUUUUGAAGAUGAUUCUUCUUUUAACAUAACGACUAAAUUAAUUUCAAAGCAGUAUUUCACAACCCAAUUCUGCUUUAUUUAGAUUUUAUUAUGCUAAAAUUUGGCCUGUUUGUCUUGUUUAAUGUCACUUGACAUGCCUUUUUGUGUAGUUACCCCCUUUCUUUUCCGAGCAACUGCCUUUUCUUUUUUUCCCAACUUUUGCCUCAGGCUGCAGGCCCACACAGACAAAAAAAAAGACCAUUAUUGGAGCGAUUAGUGACGCAGGUCGGGCCCCAAAAACUGAGAGCUUUUUGGUUUACUGAACAAACACAAUGAACUAAAGAGGCCCCCUCUGCAGAGCAAGCAGCUGACCCUGGAGGUCCGGCUAGGGAAACAUGUCAUGUGACCACACAAUGAGGUAGUCUUUUGCAGAGCAGACGUUAUUUGAGUAAUUUAACUUUGUUCCAUCCACCUGCUACAGUUAAAUUGCAUUAUCUCAUGCAUGUUUUAGUAAUGAGAUGCCUUGUUUGUAUAUCUGAUGGGGGGGAUCAUGAGCUAGAAUGACAACAACAAACCCUAGCAGCACCAAAUUCUGCACCUUUGUCAUUAGGAUUUACACUUUAGUUUUUAUGUAAAAUGAAGUAAAAUGUUGAAAAAGUGGGCAAAAGUAUCAUUGUUGACCCUUUUUAGCCUCCUUGCGUCUUGCUAGCAGCUUAGACGAUGUUGCAAUACUGUCAAGUCCUGAUGAUGCGUUUGAGGGCUGCGGUACAUUUAUGGGAUACAAGUGCUCAGGGCGCACUGUAAAACAAGUCAUGUUGCUGCUUUUUGAUUUUGCCAGUCAUGCUUACACUGAGAUUAGUGUAGCAAACGAGAAGUGUGAAUAAUAUGCUGCCCUGCUCAGGAUAAUGGCUGCUACUCAACUUCACAUGAGUUUGUCCCACAAAAUGUGACUUUUACUUGCAUUCUCAUUCAGUUGUAACCCGGGUAUUUCACAUUGCAACUGUAUGAAGGUUUCCUUGCUCGAACAGAGUGGCACACAGGCUCUGGAGUUGCCGUGGCAACAACAUUCACAUCCUGUUAGUCAGACUCCAUUGACAGGAGGCCUGAACGAGCCUCUGAAUGACAUGGAGUCUGAGCCAAAACAUUAGGCACAUCUAACGCUUCAAAAUGGAAACCAGAACAAAGUCAAUACUGGGAAAUUUCACACAACAAAAGUCCAAUGCUGGCCCAACUAAGCUCAUGAGAGACAUUCGUCCUAAUUGUAAGGACGGGAUGAUUUGUUGCAUGUAAACCUUUUUGUUCUGUAUCCCUUUAGAGGACAAGACAGGAUCCUUUUGCAGUGACAAUUACAAUUACAUCCCAUUUGUAAAAUGAGCAUUGAAUGUAUCUACCAUGUGCAAAUACUUGGACAAUGUUACCAUGUUUUUACCAUGUUCACCGUGCAUGUAGUGUUCAUUUAAUAGAACCAAAUUGCAUUGUGUAGAUGUCACCGAGUGGAAAUGAGAGCCGGAAAUGUCCCAUUAACCUUACUUUCCAUGAUCCUGUUACAGUAACUAUGACCUUCAUUGGGGUGUUCAUGUGCAUGUGUUGGCGCGUGUGUGUUUUCAUCCUAUGAACAAGAGUGAAGAUGUAUUUUCUUGGAAAUAAAAGCAUUU